CUGAAAUAUCUCAACAACUGUCUUAUGGAUUGCAGUGAAAUACUGCACAGACAAUCCCUCCAACUUUGGCGGUCCCCUGAUUUUUUAUUUUAUUUUUUUUUCUCCAGCGCCACCAGCGGGUCAAACGCUUAACUUUAUAACCGGAAACCGCUAAAGCUAUUGAUUCAGUUCGGCCUCAUCUGUACUUGUAAUUAAGAUUAAUGCUAAACACAACAUGCUAAAUAUUAGCGUGCUGACUUACUAAGAGUGAGCAUGUGAGAAUUGCUAACAUGAAGCAUGCUAACGAUAGCAUGUAAACUGCUAAUGCGUUAAUUUCAAACAUGCUACACUAAAAUAUAAAACAUAAACAUAAAAUUGGAAAUGUUCCACGCUAAGUGUACUUUGUUAGCAUUUUAGCAAACAUCACAUCCGUAACCCUGAAUCCAGACCACUGAAUUAGUGAACCACAUCUGUCGUUUUGUUUUAGAAAAACAACUGAGCCAAUCUGAGCUUUGAAGGCUAAUUAAGAAUCCUGUGCAAGAGCCAGAAGAAAUGGCAUCAUAGCUGCAACUAAGGAUUAUUUUCAGUCUUUCAUCUGCUGAUUAAUCAAUUAAUUGUUUUGUCUUUUAAAAUCAAACCAAUGUAUCUCUUUAAUGACAAUAGCCUGAAUAAAUAAGUGAACAAAAUCAGUUCAGCUCAAAACGCUGCUGAGCCUUGAGGCCAAUUUUAUACUUCUGCACCAAAUCUAGGGCGUAGCCUGACACGCACCUCCCCAAUAAUGUAACUAUAUGUCGCGGCAACGCAGACCGCAAGAACUGUGAUUGGUCGACUUGCAGUCGUCGCAUUUCCGGCUUGUCCUCCUUGUGCCUCACCCGGUUCGAGGGUCAUACAUCACCUCAGACGCCUUCUCUCGUUUCUCUGUUUUAGUAAUUUCACAGAAAGUAACUGCUGUUCAACAUCGAUCACCUCCAACUCCAUCAUGAUUCACUCCCUUUCAGUCGCCAGUGUUUCAUAGUAGGAAACACAGAGGAAGGAGAAGAAGGAAGAAAGAAGAUAUAACUGAAAACAACGGAAUAUAGAAACCCCACCGCCAAAACGGCACAGACGGCAGGCAUUUAUGAGUCUGAAAUGUCCUUCAGUGGCCGCCGUUGAGGUUACAACGUGGCCACCAUCAGGACAGGAGCUAAGAAAAGCAAAAAACUCCAUUUACAAUCCAACGGGUUUUAGUUUCUGGUCUGUAAUGAGAUGCUGCUAGCGAGCUGUUAUAAAUGAAUAACCAUUAGAUACAGUUUUAAGAUCAAACAGUGGGAAGAUGGAGAGCUUCUACGAGCCCUGACUGAAUUCUUCAGAGGUUCGUUCUUUCUGUUAAGUGCACGUGAAAAAAUCUAAAUGCUUAAAAUGUGAAAUCUUAAGGAUUGAUACAGUCAGAGCCUCUGUUUUCCUGCUUUUGUCUUGUUUCCACUCAAUCGAUCAACACCAUUUCCAGCAACAUCCCUCACUACGUCUCGGGCUCCGUGUCGUCUCUUCUUACUGCGACUUCUUCAUACAGCAGGUGGAAGGAAGUGCGACGCAUUUAAAGCCUGGAGUUUCCCCCUUUCAGAUCAUAAACUGCCCGGCUGCAUCAUGAAGCAAAGAUGAGCACAGCAGAGGGAAACGGCAAGAACAGCACACAGAUUUCCAAGAAGGCCAAAAUGAGCGGCGACACCUUGACCCUGCACCAGGAAGGCGUCCCUCUGAACAAGUUGCCGAAGGUGCAGGACUACCUGAAGCGUUUCCGUUUGUCUCAGGAGAAGCUGAAGGAGGUUUCUUAUCGGCUGAUGACGGAUCUGGAUCGAGGUUUGGGGAAACACACUCAUCACAAGGCAGCCGUCAAGAUGCUGCCCACCUUCGUCAGGGCGACACCGGACGGGACUGAGAAAGGCGACUUCCUGGCGUUGGAUCUCGGCGGGACAAACUUCCGUGUGCUUCAUGUCCGCGUGGUGGAGGACGAGCAGAAAGUGCUGAAGAUGGACAGUCAGAUCUGUGCCAUACCAAAGGAGAUGAUGCUGGGAACUGGAGAACAGCUGUUCGACCACAUUGCGGCCUGUCUCGGUGAUUUCCUCGUCUCUCAGGAUCUGAAGGGAAAAACUCUUCCUCUGGGCUUCACCUUCUCCUUCCCCUGCGAACAGAAAGAAAUUGACAAGAGCAUCUUGAUCCGCUGGACCAAAGGCUUCAACUGCUCCGGCGUUGAGGGAAAAGAUGUGGUGAAGUUACUGAAAGAGGCCAUUCACAGGAGAGGGGAUUAUGAUAUAGGCUCAGUUGCUAUGGUGAACGACACAGUGGGCACGAUGAUGAGCUGCGGCUACAAGGACCAGAGCUGUGAGAUCGGCAUGAUCAUCGGUACGGGAACCAACGCCUGCUACAUGGAGGAGAUGAAGAACAUAAAGCGUGUGGAGGGCGAGGACGGACGGAUGUGCAUCAACACUGAGUGGGGCGGCUUCGGAGAUGACGGCUCCCUGGAAGACAUCCUGACGGAGUUUGACGUGGAGGUGGACAAGACGUCCAUCAAUCCCGGCAUCCACAUCUUUGAGAAGAUGAUUAGCGGCAUGUAUUUGGGAGAAAUCGUGCGGCUGCUGCUGGUGAGGAUGACGGAGGACAACGUGCUGUUUGAGGGACAGACCUCAGAGGCGCUGCUGACUCCGGGGAAAUUUGAGACAAAGUUCAUCUCUGAGAUUGAAGAGCUGGACAACGGUCUGGAAAACACCCAGAAUAUUCUGACGCAGUUGGGUUUGAAAUGGGAUUUGGUCGACUCCCAUGUGGUGCGUCUGGUCUGCGACGCCGUGUCCUCACGCUCCGCCCAUCUCUGCGCCGCUGCUCUUGCCACCAUCGCCAACCGUAUCCGGUGUAACCGCAGGCUGGACCGCCUGAAGACCACUGUGGGGGUGGACGGGACGGUCUACAGGAAACACCCCACUUUCAGCAUGAAGCUCCAGGCGAUGGUGCGCCUCCUCGCUCCCGAGUGUGACAUCACCUUCCUCGUCUCGGAGGACGGCAGCGGGAAGGGCGCUGCCAUGGUAACUGCUGUGGCGCAGCGGCUGGCUCUCCGGCUGUUGGAGGACAGCGAUAGUGAGGACGACGAAGAAGAGAAAUAACAAGAGUGUAGAGGAUGUAGUUGCACUUGUGAGUCUGCUGUAUUUUAGUUCAGAUACAUUUUAUGUGAAUGAAGUUUUUCUGCUGAUGCAUUCAUGUAAUAUUACUUUAAAAGAACAAGAAGCAAUUGCUGUUUUCUAACUUUGUAGUGUUUUUGCAUUUAGAAAUAUUAAAGGUUCGACCCCUA